AUGUGGCCGGGAAGCACCAUGGUCCCUCCCGAAGCCACCAGCCCAGAUGCCGGUAUCUCUGCCACUCCAGACAGACCAAAAUUAGAACAAAGCUCAGAGAAACCCGACGACUUGAAAAUAAUGACUGGGACCAGAGACACACGCCCCACUAAAGAGCAAAAUGAACGGGAGAAUUCUGAAGCGACGAGCAAAAAGUCGCUUUCCUUCAAGCUCGCCUUCAUAGGGCUCGCAGCGAGUCUUUUUGUAUUCCAGUUGGAUGCAACAUGCCUGGGCAUCGCCCUCCCAACCAUUGCUGGUGACCUGAAGGCUUCCAAUUUAGAGUCAUUCUGGGCAAAUUUAGCCUAUACUCUUUGUGGUUUGGUAAUGCAGCCAGUGUGGGCCAGCAUCUCCAACGGGUUCGGCCGGAAACCACCUCUUUACGUAUCAAUGGGAUUGUUCUUCAUCGGUUCCAUCGUUUUUGCCAUGGCGCAAAAUAUGAACACCAUCAUUGCGGGGAGGGUCCUCCAGGGUUUGGGUGGUGGAGGAAUUGACGUUCUAGCGAUGGUGAUUCUCGCGGAUAUGACAACACUAGAGGAACGCUCGAAAUAUUUGGGCUUAAUGGCAGUUCCAUCGGCUGUUGGUAAUAUCAUGGGUCCUAUCGUUGGGGCGCUUUUCGCUACGUAUGCCUCCUGGAGGUGGAUCGGAUGGGUCAACCUGCCAUUGCUUGGAAUAGGGACACCCAUGAUUAUCUUCUUCCUCAAACUUCGGCCUAUCCCGCUCGAUAGCACUCUGGCUGGAAACUUAAAGCGUCUCGACUGGGUUGGCAUGGCGCUCCUGAUCAUCGGAAUCUCCAUAUUUGUUAUACCCCUGAGUUGGGCGGGCUCCUUAUAUCCAUGGCCCUCUUGGCAGACUCUCCUUCCAAUGUUCUUGGGAGUUGUGGUGCUCGUCAUCCUCGGAUUCUACGAGGCAAAGCCUUCCAAUCCCAUUAUUCCUCAUCGCAUUUUCCAUUCGAAGACCGGAAACAUCACUCUAGUAGGAGGGUUCCUCCAUGGUAUGGUGCUAGUCUCCGUCUUACAAUACUUGCCCUUGCUCUACCAAUCAGUAGAGCUCCAAAGCGCAAUAAUCUCCGCUGUCUCUCUACUGCCCACCACUAUUAUCAGCGUGUCAGUAGCAGCAGUCUCAAUGAUGAUGGUACCGUUGUUUGGAGGCUAUGCGUGGCUCCUGCGACUUGCGUGGGUCAUCCUUACUCUAGGAUCCGGCUUACUAGCGCUAUUUGAUGUAGAGUCAUCAGCGUCUAUGUGCUACGGUCUUCCCAUUCUAUGGGGUCAAGGUGUUGCACUUCUACGUCUUAACAUUCUUCCUAUGCAAGCGAGCGUCAAGAAUGUUAAUGACACAAGUUUAGCUAUCGCGCAGUUUCAAACUAUUCGCUUGUUUGGUGGUCUUGUCGGACUCACUAUCUCCUCCUCCAUCUUCAACAACGUUUUCUCGAAGACUAUUACUCAUACUACAGUUCAGCUGACGGGAGCAUUAGCGCCUCUGACAGAUGCAUCCAAUGCUGUGAGCUUCAUUGACUCGUUGAGAUCGAUACAGAUCUCCAUGUCAACGUUGAACCAGGUAUUAGGUGUCUAUCUACAGUGUUUCCGUGUUAUAUUUUAUGUGAUGACCGGACUGAGCGCUCUGGGCUUGGUGACCUCGGUGUUUCUGGAUGAAAUAAACCUAAAGGGCAGGGAGCUCGGGAACCAGCGCUUUGAGGACUAA